AUGGCUGAGGUGUCCGCUGUCGGUGCUCGGGUAAAUUCGCCUCCUCAGAAGAAAUGCACGACUCAACUGCGUGCUAGGCUAUUCAGUCAGUCUGAUCGUUACGGCCGCCGCGACAGACAGUGUGGCAGAAUGAAAAUAUCCUCCAACGUGGAGGACUCGAAGUUGAUUGAACUCGUUCGACAACAUCCCUGCUUGUAUGAUCCGAAGAAUCCGCAAUAUAAAAAUUUGAAUAUUAGAGACAAUGUGUGGGAAAACAUAUCCGAAGCGAUGGGGCAACCAGUUGAAGACUGCAGAAGUCGUUGGAGAAAUGUUCGAGAUACAUUUAUGAGGCGUAAACGGAACAACAAAAUUGUUACCGGAUCAGGUCGGUCGAAGAAGCGUCGAAAAUGGCACCUAGAUGGAUCUCUAGAAUUUCUUGAUAAGGUUGAUAACGAGAAAGCGACGUUAACGAAUGUAAAAGAUGACACAGGCGAUUCAGAUAGUGAUGAAGAAAAAUUCUCACCGACUGAAGACAUAGAAAUAGAAGAUACGAAGUUGUUUGAUACAGAGCAGCAAUCUCAGAAAGAAGAACCAUGCAUGAAAAACACCAAACCAACAGAUACAAUUUGUGAUUCCUCAAGAAAGCAUUCACAAGAAAGAAAAUCGCUGUCGAAGACAUUCGAAAGGAAAUCAGACGAUCCACACCCAAUAGAUGUGUUUUUUCAAAGCAUGGCAGCGUCUGUUAAAAGUUUGUCCGAAGAAAGGCAAAUUCUCGUUAAAAUGGAAAUUUGUCAGAUUGUUGGUAAAUUCGAAUUGGAAGAAAUCAGUUCCCAAUCUUUGAAAUAAUCUGCGUCAACUCAUUAUUGAAAUCAGGAUUUAUUGUCA